AUGCAUAAUUCAUCGAAACCCGAAGAGUAAUCAUAGAACAAAAUGGCAAAGUGUUUCACCGUUGCUGCCUUCGUUGCUACAGCUCUCUGCUUCUCCUCCGUUCUCAUCUCCGCCUAUGCUGCAGAUUACUUAGAUGUCGAAGGCAAGGUUUACUGUGACACUUGCCGGGUUGAGUUUCAGACCAAGAUCAGUGACGCCAUUCCAGGUGCCAAGGUGAAACUGGUAUGCAACAACCGUGAGAAUGGCACAUUGACAUAUACCGUGGAGGGCACAACUGACAGCAGUGGCACAUACCGCCUACCUGUGGUGGGAGAUCACGAGGAAGAUAUCUGUGAGGUUAGGCUGGUGGAGAGCCCCAGAGCCGAUUGCAAUGAACCAUUCAAGAGCGUUGAUUCUGCUAGGAUCCUCCUCACCAAGAACGUUGGAGUGGUAGAUAAUCUCCGAUAUGCCAAUGCUCUUGGGUACAUGAAGAAGGUGGCUCAACCAGAAUGUGCAAAAGUACUCGAAGAAAUGGGUUUCCUUCCUGUUGAGGCGUAAAAUUGAUUGAUUAAAUCUUCAUCAUUAUAUUUCUUUUUUUGCCUCACCUGAAUAAUAAAACUUGGCAUGUAAUGCCAUUUUUUUUCUAUUGUGUAGCUAUCGAACAAUUGUAACCCAGUGUUUCAAUGGAUCUAUAGCAAUUAUUUGAUACAAUGGAAAUUUUCUUUAUUUUUUUUUA